AUGCUUAUGUUCUUGCUACUCCUAGGACCAAUCUGCUGCUCGAAUCUUCUCAAGAUUAUCCAACCAAAGGAGACGCUUACAUUCUGCAAGCAUGUCACAGACGAUGAGCAGUAUUCUGAACUGUUCUUGAGCCGUAUCUCCCAGUCCAACAACUUGUUUUUCAGAGUCGUUCCGCCAGAUGGCAAAAGACAUCACAAAAAGGCCAUUGAUGUUGAAGAUUCGUACCAAGCAACUGAGUCGAUCGAGGAACAGGUUGAUGUAGAAGGCCUUGAGCUUCCCCUCGAGAGAAACGUAACUGAGAAACUGGACAAGGGUGGCGUUUGGACUAUCCAACUGCACAACAGAGGAAAUGAAAUGGAAAGAUUCUCUAUUUCAGUUCACUCUGUAAUGAAGAUAAAUAAAGGAAACGAGGACAUUAUUGCCCUGAGAACCCUUUUGAAUCAAUUGCAGAAUGCGGUUGAAAUACUGGGAAAUGAGAAUCACUAUGCCAAGAACACCCAGGCUACUAACAUUAAGGAUGCAGAGAGGCUGAAUUGGUAUCUGAAUCUUUUAGCCUUUCUUCCCUUUAUUACAUUUCUGAUUGCUCAACUUGAAGGUUACCUGGCCAGACAACUUGUAAGACCCAAAGGCAAGAGAUUUAAAGGGCUAUUUUAA